AUGUAUAUGCAUAUACAUAUGUAUAGCCAGAUCUGUAUGUAUCGAGUAUAUAGACUCGAUUGAAGCGCAGCAAGGAAACGCCAUUGAACGCACGGACGGCGCAGCCAGCGGGCUGUUGUCUGGCCGGGCGGUGCAUGAGGAGGAGGUGGGUCAACAGAAACAGCAACAACAACAACAACACCAACAACAAACAACUGAGACAGCAACUGUCGCUUGUCUGUUGACACGACAACAACAAGAGCAACAAAACCCACCCACAUUCAUUUAGUCAUCUGCAUCGCGUUGUUAACCUCGACACCAAAAAUGAUCUCAAACAAAAAGGCGUAUGCCAUGAAGAUGCUGCAUCUGGCGUUGGCCUUGAGUCUGCUGCACGUGGACACGGAUUAUACGCUGCUGCAGCAACGCCUGUUGCGCCGCUGGGACUCCCAACUGGAGCUGUCCCAUGGCGAGGGCUGGGAGCUGGAGAUGCUGCGCACGGUGCCUAUGAUUGAGACACAGCAGCCGUAUGGCAAUCGCAAGGGCAUGAUGCCGUUGCUCGAGGAUCUCCUUCAGUUGGAUCAACAUCAUCCCCAUCGGCAGGUGGGUGGCGGCGAUGGCAGCGGCGGGGAAUAUAAACUGCCCACGGGCAGGUUCAAUGCGAGCACCUUUGUCAUGAAUCUACACAAUACGACGGGCAACAGCAGCGUGCAGACGGCGGCGCUGCAGGAUCUGCAGAGCUCUGCCGGCAACGGCGCCAACUCAGGCAGCUCGAGCAGCAGUUCGGGGGCAGCGAACACACCGGGCGGAGGAGCCGGUGCGGCGGCACUUGGCGAGAUCCACAUCAAUACGACGAGCAACAUGAGAGGCCAGAAUGCAAUGGCCGCCUCGCCCGAGCUGGAUAUAUUCAUGUCGCCCGAUCUGCUGCAGGAUCAGCGUUCGAUCUGGGAACAGAAUCUGGCCGAUCUGCAUGACUACGGCGACUUGCCCUACAGCAGUCCGUACGCCCAUCUGCCGCUCAAGGAUGGCCAGCAGCAGCCGCACAACAACAGCCAGCUGGACCUCAAUCUGGCGGCCUUCCUGCAUGGCUAUGCGGGCGGAGCCAAUGCUCUGGGUCAGCAUGCGAGCGAUGCGCCAAGUGCUCUGAACGACAGCACGCCGCAUCCCAGCAACUCGGGCAGUCUGACUGUGCAGCACUUCGGACCGGAUGCUGAUGAUGAUGAUGAGGACGAUCUUCUACUGAGUCGCCUAUUCAUCGAGGAUAACUCGGACUCGGAGUCAGCCGUGGGUGUUGCAAAUGCCUGCGAAGUGGAAGGCUUGACCAGCGAGGAGGAUUCCUUUGGCGUUGUCAACGAAGUAGAAGUCGUUGAGGAGGAAAGUGAAAUCGCUGAGGUGCUCUACAAGCAGGAUGUCGACUUGGGCUUUAGUUUGGAUCAGGAGAAGAUUAUCAAUGCAUCCUAUGCCAGCGGCAAUAGCGCUGCCAAGCAGCGCGCCUACAAGGCGGAUGGCGAGAAGGACAAAGCUGAUGACAAUGAUAAGAACGCCAGUGAUAAUGAUCAUGAUAAUGAUGAUGAUGAUAUCGAGAAGUUGAAAGCUCUGGAAGAUCUGCAGCAAAAUGAGCCAUCGAUUGAGGAGAAGAAACUGCCGGAUGAUCUGGAUGAGCUAUCGAACGAAUGGAACGGCAUACCCUUUACAAUCGACAAUGAAACUGGUGAAUACAUUCGCUUACCUUUGGAUGAGCUGCUCAACGACGUGCUGCAACUGCCUCCCUUUACGCUUGAGGACGACGUGCUACACAGCGAUUCGGUUGCUUCCACCUCUCAGGCCGCUGCUGCUGCUGCUGCUGCUGCCGCAUUGAAUAGCACACCGACAACGCGUAUUGUUUCCGAAACGGGCGAGGAAUUGAUCUUUGCUGAGCAGGAGUUCAACGAUAGGGCUAACGAGGCUAGCUACUCGGUCGGUGAUUUUGAUGAUCUGCAGGACUCUGUGGGUUCGCCGCUCUUCGAUUUAGAUGACGACGCCAAAAAGGAAUUAGACGAAAUGCUGCAAUCAACCGCACCGCCCUACCAUCAUGCCCAUCCCCAUGCCCAUGCCCAUCCCCAUAGCCACACCCAUCAUCAUCAUGCCGCCGCUGCCGCCCACCACCAUCACGCCCACGCCCACCACGCGGCUGCCGCUGCAGCCCAUCAGCGUGCGGUCCAGGCGAGCGCCAACUAUGCCACCAUGGGCUCCACACCGGGCAGCGCCUUUCAGCGUCAGCCGCCCAGCUCCGCUGGCUACCAUCAUGGCCAUCAUCAGGGCCGCAUGCCGCGCCUGAAUCGCACCGUUUCGAUGGAUCGCUUGCAGGACCUGGCCACCUACUUUAGCCCCAUACCGAGCAUGGGCGUGGUCGGCGGCGUCUCCGAUAUGCCGCCCUAUCCGCCACACUAUACCAGCUACUCGUACCAGAGUCCCGGCGUCCCACCCAGCGCCCAGCACGCGGCACAGUACGGUCAGUCGGCGGCUGCCACGUUGCCGCCGCCGCCGCCACCGUCAUCCGGCCCGCACCAUGGCCACAGCCAUGGCCACCACGCCGCUAUGCUGCAUGCCAAUUCGACAUUGGGUGACCUCUGCUCGGCCGCCGGUGGCCAGCCGCAUUACGGUCACAAUCUGGGCUCGGCCGUCUCGUCCAGCAUGCAUUUGACCAACGCCAGCCAUGACGCGGACGGCGCUGCUGCUGCUGCGGCUGCAGCGGCCGCCGCUGCCGCUGCCAGCAGCAACUACAAAAUGGAACACGAGAUGAUGUAUUAUGCGAACACCUCUUCGGACGUGAAUCACACAGAUGGUUUAAUCAACUCCUUUUUCAAUGAUGAGGAUCUUCACUUGAUGGAUAUGACAGAUAGCUUCUGUCGCAUGGUGGACAAUAGCACGAGCAACACUUCCUCGGUGCUGGGCCUGCCCAGCAGUGGACAUGUGAGCAACGCGGGCAGCUCCACUCUGAACGUAGGCAGCCAUGCGAAUGCCAACAGCGUAGCUGGUGGUGGUGGUGCAGUCGGUGGUGUUGGCUCUAUGAGCGGCGUAGCAGCUGCGGGCGCAGCUGGAGCUGUGGGUGCAGCCGGUGUGGGUGGCAUGACCAGUGACCUAUUGGCAAAUGGUGGCGGAGCACAGGGCGGAACGGAUCGUUUGGACGCGUCCAGUGACAGUGCGGUUAGCUCGAUGGGCUCGGAGCGUGUGCCAUCGCUCUCCGAUGGUGAGUGGGGCGAGGGCAGCGACUCGGCGCAGGACUAUCAUCAGGCCAAAUACGGAGGGCCGUACGACUUUAGCUACAACAACAAUACGCGCCAGCCGCCGGUGGCCCAGAAGAAGCAUCAGUUGUACGGCAAGCGGGAUCUGCACAAGCAAACGCCCAGCGCACUGACGGCCACAGCGGCCCCCGUGGCAGCCACGCCCCAGUCGCAGCAGCAGCAACAGCAGCCGCAGGUGCAGAGCAUCAAGUACGAGUACGAGGCGGGCGCUGCGGCCUUUGCGGGCAGCAAUGUGGGCGAGGCAGCUGCAAUGGCGCCCGUCCUGUCCAAGGACUAUCACCAGGCCUAUGGCAUGAGCGCGGCCAGCGCCUUCACCGCCGACUAUGGCAUGCCACGCGCUCCAUUGACGCCCCAGGGCGUGGUUCAGCUGAAUCACACGUACGCACUGCAGCAGGGAGGCGCCGGAGCGCUGCCCCAAGGAAGUGUAUCGCUAAGCAGACCGCAUCCCCGAGACAAGAAGCCGCCGACAGCCAACAAACAUGCCUCGAAGUCGAACAGCAGCGGCGCAGGCAACGGCAUGGAGGAGGAGCAUCUAUCGCGGGACGAGAAGCGGGCACGCGCCCUGAACAUACCCAUAGCAGUGGGCGACAUCAUCAACCUGCCCAUGGACGAGUUCAACGAGCGGCUGUCCAAAUACGAUCUGAGUGAGACGCAGUUGUCGCUGAUACGCGACAUCCGGCGGCGUGGCAAGAACAAGGUGGCCGCCCAGAAUUGCCGCAAGCGCAAACUGGACCAGAUACUCACGCUGGAGGAUGAGGUCAACACGGUGGUGAAGCGCAAAGCGGAGCUGAAUCAUGCUCGGGAACAGCUCGAUGCCGAGCGAAAGCGCAUCUCCAACAAGUUCUCCAUGCUGCAUCGCCACGUAUUCCAGUAUCUGCGCGAUCCCGAAGGCAAUCCCUGCUCCACGGCUGACUAUAGCCUGCAACAGGCGGCCGAUGGCUCGGUCUAUUUGCUGCCACGCGACAAGUCGGACAAUGGCACCACGGCAACAGCCGCCAGUGCGGUGACUGCGAGCGGCAGCCAGCAGCAGGCGUCGUUGCAUGGCGUGCAUCAGGGCCAUCAUCAGGUGCAGCACGUGCCACUGCAGCAGCAGCAGCAGCAACACAGCAGCAGCAGCAACAACAGCAGCAGCAGCAGCAACAGCAGCAUCAGCAUCACAAGGAAUGAAAAUAUCUGCUGCGUAUUGCCGCAACAACGAGUUGGUUGUCAAACUUUCAGCAGCAGCAACAGCAGCAGCAUCAUCAACUGCAGCGGCAACAGCAGCAGCAGCAGCUAAAUUUGCAACAGCAACAUCAGCAGCAGCAGCAACAAUGUUGCGAGCCAACGUACGAUUACCGUUACGAUUUCUACAACAACAGUUACCUGUAUUACUGAGCGGUUGCCGUUCUUGUUCUUAUGUUACACCUGCGCCUGCUCUGCUGCACGCAACAUGUUGCAGGCAACAUUCGCUUGCAGGACGCUGCUACGAAACGAAACGUUUAAAUUUCUGCUACUGCAGCUGGAUUUUUCAGUUUUUCACAUGCAUUUGCAUUUCCCACCCACAAUCCCCAAUCCCAACCUAACUUAGUCAAUAUAUAUUUGUUAUUUAUUUUUAAAAUCUCUUUAAAAUUGCCUUUCCUCAUAGUUUUUCUCUUAUAUAUGAAUAUCCAUAUAUUGCAUAGAAUCCAUAGCGCAUGGUACGAAAAUUUAUACCUUACUUGUGAUAAAUAAUUUGUGAAUUUUUAUUGUUUGAAGCAGCAACAGUUAACUGAAAUCUUGUAUUGAAAAACAAUUUGUAAAUCCCACUAAAAAUAUCCUCAGUCACACACACACACAUUCUCAUAUACAUUUGCAUAUACACUUACACAAAACUAUCAAUGCGUCGUCCAAAAGAAUUAUGAUGCUAGAAACCAUUUACAUUUAUAAUAUUAGUCUGUAAAAUAACAAAACAAGAAACAAAAAAGAUGAGCACAUGUAUAAAUAGCUGUUAGGUACAAGUUUUGUAAAGGUUUUGAAACAAACGGAAAAAAAUCAGAAAAAAAAAAACAAAAUAAAAUAAAAAAUAUUGCUGGACAUUUCAUAGACUCGCUCAUAAGAAGCCUAGCUCUAAGUACACCAAUACACAUACGCAAAUACACCCACACAUACACAAACACAAAGUAAACCCUAAGAGAACAACAAUUAGCGUAUUAUUUACUAAUACUUUAAGCUAGCUCAUAAACAAAACAUCUGUAAAUACUUAUUAAAUAAUUUAGCUUUAAUUAAACUAAUUGAUUAUAUGAUCCACUCGGUGCACUAGGCCAGAGCUAAAUGUAAAUUUAACAAUUUAAGAUUCGAACGCAACAGAGUUUAAAGUGAAACAAAAACAAAAAGUACACAAAAAAAAAAACAUGAGAAAUAUUAAUAUUUAAUAUUCUUUAAAUGUCCUAAAGCAUAAAAACCAGAACUUAUUUAUAAUGCUGUAAACAGAGAUCAGAAA